ACAAUGUAACACAGGAUGUUGCAAAUGCAAUCGUGCCUCUGCCGCUUUGAUACCGGCAACUGCAAGAUGACACGGUUCAAGUUCUGUGAAGCAUGUACCUUUCUUUAUUUAUACCUUUGAAGCACCUCAGUAAGGAUCCAGGCUUUAUUAUUCAUUGAAUGAAGGUUAGAUAGCACACGCUGCACUCGAUAAUGGCGACUAAUCAAGACGGCUGUAGUGUCAAAGUCGCUUUAAGAAUCCGUCCACAGUCAGCCAAAGAGAAGAUUGAGGGAUGUCAUAUCUGUACAUUGGUUACACCGGGGGAGCCACAAGUUAUCCUGGGAAAAGACAAGGCUUUUACAUUUGACUUUAUGUUUGAUAUGGAUGCCAGACAAGAUGAGGUCUAUAAAUCCUGUGUUGAUAAACUUGUGGAAGGAUGCUUUGAAGGAUAUAAUGCAACAGUGUUUGCUUAUGGGCAGACAGGUUCUGGGAAGACGUAUACUAUGGGCACUGGGUUUGAUGUGAAUAUCACAGUGGAGGAGCAAGGAAUAAUUCCACGUGCAGUCAAGCAUCUUUUUGAAGGAAUUGCAGAGCGAAAGCAAGCUGCCCAGGAAGAAGGAAAACAGCCACCAGAAUUUAAAGUCAAUGCUCAGUUUCUUGAGCUGUACAAUGAAGAGAUAUUGGAUCUCUUUGAUAGCACACGGGAGCUGGAUUCACGCCACAAGAAAUCCAACAUUAAAAUUCACGAAGGUGCCAAUGGAACGAUUUAUACCAGUGGGGUUGUUUCGCGCAUUGUUAAUUCAGAACAAGAGAUGAUACAGUGCUUGAAGCUGGGAGCUCUUGCUCGCACCACUGCAAGCACACAGAUGAAUGCAGAGAGUUCCCGUUCCCAUGCUAUUUUUACAGUUCACAUCUGCCAAAUGAGGGUUUGCCCAAGACAAGAUAUGGUCAAUGGAGAGAUAAAUGGAGUGGCACAUGAAUCACAGCCAGUAAAUGAGUAUGAAACACUUACAGCCAAAUUCCACUUUGUUGACCUUGCCGGUUCAGAAAGGCUGAAGCGAACUGGAGCAACAGGAGAGAGGGCUAAAGAAGGCAUUUCUAUCAACUGUGGUCUGCUGUCACUGGGAAAUGUUAUCAGUGCAUUGGGAGACCAAAGCAAGAAGAGCCAUCAUGUGCCAUACAGAGACUCCAAACUGACAAGGCUUCUUCAAGAUUCACUGGGAGGAAACAGUCGAACCAUCAUGAUUGCUUGCAAGCCAUCUGAUCGUGACUUCAUGGAAACUCUCAAUACCCUCAAAUACGCAAAUCGAGCCCGAAAUAUAAAGAACAAAGUUGUGGUUAACCAAGACAAAACCAGUCAGCAAAUCAGUGCUUUGCGAGCUGAGAUUGUUCGACUUCAGAUGGAGCUGAUGGAGUACAAGACGGGUAAACGAGUCAUUGAUGCUGAUGGUUCUGAAGGUUACAAUGACUUAUGCCAUGAAAAUGCAAUGCUACAGAAAGAAAACGAUACAUUGAGAAUGAGAUUAAAAGCCAUGCAAGAAACAAUUGAUGCACUAAAUAACAGAGUGACACAGCUCUUGAGUAAUGAAGCCACUCAGAUAAUAGCCAGUGCAGGAGAUGGCAAUGAAGAAAUAGGUGCACUAAUUCAAAAUUAUAUCCGGGAAAUACAGGAUCUCAGGACUAAACUGUUGGAGAGUGAAGCCAUGAAUGAAUCCCUCCGACGCAAUAUUUCUCGACUGACAUCCAAGUCUCCGUACUCAGCGGGAUUGUCUCCCAUGCCUUGUUCAUCAAGUCUAGCCAUCUCCCUGGAAUCUGAUACUUCUGAAGUUGUUGAACUGGCAAAAAAAGAUUUGGAGCUGCUUAGGAAGAAGGAAAGGAUACAAAGAAGAAAUAGUCCAGAGAAGGAGAAAAGAAGAAGGAAUCUACAGACAGAGAACUGGGAAGAGACAGAUGAUAAUGAAGUAGAGGAAGAAGAAAGCUGCUGUGAAGAAGAAGAAGGUGGAGAUGAAGAAGAAUUUGACAGUGAUGGAAGUCUGGAUGAAACUGAUACUGAAUCAGAGGAAAAAGUCAACUAUCAGGCUGAUCUUGCUGACAUAACUUGUGAAAUUGAAAUCAAGCAGAAACUGAUUGAUGAGCUUGAGAAUAGCCAACGACGAUUACAAAUACUGAAACAACAAUAUGAGGAGAAACUUAUCCUAUUGCAGAACAAGAUCCGGGACACACAGCUAGAGAGAGACCGUGUUCUGAAGAAUCUUGGUUCUAUGGAAUGCAACACGGAAGAAAGAGCUAGCAAGAUUAAAGCAGACUAUGAGAAAAAACUAAAGGAAAUGAAUCGAGAGCUCCAGAAACUGCAGAUGGCACAGAAAGAACAUGCACGUCUACUCAAAAAUCAAACUCGCUAUGAACGAGAGUUGAGGAAACUGCAGAGUGAAGUGGCUGAAAUGAGGAAAACCAAGGUAACACUCAUGAAGCAGAUGAGAGAAGAUCAGCAACGAAUGAGAAUGAUUGAAAGCAAAAGGAACCGUGAAAUUGCACAACUGAAAAAGGAACAGAGGAGGCAAGAAUACCAAAUUCGGGCUUUAGAGUCUCAAAAACGGCAACAAGAACUUGUUCUACGCAGGAAAACUCAAGAGGUCAGUGCUCUUCGAAGAUUAGCCAAACCCAUGUCGAACCGAGUUGCUGGUCGUGUAAGCCGCAAGCAAAAUAUCUUGGAUUCGGGUAUGGAGCUUUCAGCCAGUACUACAUCUUCAGAACCAGAGUCUGCCUCCAAGUCCGUGUCCAACAUUGUUAAACAGUGGAACAAAAAGUUAAAUGCAGCUUGGAAUGAAACUGUUUCUGCAGUGAAUGGAACCAGAACAGUGAGAAAAAACAAGUACCAGAAAAAGGGAGUUGGUGAGAGCUUUUCUAAAACAGCACGGCUGAAAUGGCAGGCACUGGAAUGUAGGAUAAGUGACAUUGUGAUGCAGAGGAUGACUAUAUCCAACUUGGAAGCAGAUAUGAAUCGUCUUCUGGGGAAACGAGAGGAACUAAUUGGCCUGCAGGAAGUGCUACAUGGGAAAAGAGAACGGAUUCGAAAUGAAAGUCCAGAAGAUGGGUCUAUACAGGAAAUAAAUGAGGAGCUCGAGACUUUGAAUGCAAAUAUUGAUUAUAUUAAUGACAACAUUUCUGAAUGCCAGGCUACCAUAAUGCAGAUCGAAGAAACCAAGGAUGAAAUUAAUUCAACCGAUACGUCUGUUGUAAUAAGUUCCUGUUCCCUGGCUGAAGCACGCCAUCUGCUGGAUCACUUUCUUAAAAUGUCAAUUGACAAGGGGAUGCAAGUGGCUCAAAAAGAGGCUCAGAUUAAAUUGCUGGAAGGUCGAUUAAAGCAAGUAGAUGUGACUGAUUCUGUUCCAACUCAGCUGAUUAACAUGUUGAGAGAAAAAGCAGAAUCUAUUCCUGAACUACAGACAUUGCUUCAAAGUGUCUCACAAGAAAAUGGAGAACUCAGCAGUGAUGAGGAAACAUCUGAGUGCAGCAUAGGGCUAGACAGCAGUUUAACAUCCAGUUCUUACUCAAAACAUUCCCUGAGCCAAGGAGAUUUCAGGAUAAAGACCGAACAAAGAACUGAGUUACAUUAUCGGGAAGGUUAUGGUUCUGCUCUGGACCUGUCCACUCCAGGUCUGUUCAGAGCAACUGACGUAAAAGAAAAUGGCAUCAAGACAGCUGACAUCCUUAACCGGAACCCGAAGGAUAGAGAAUCCAUUGCUUUUCAACCCAGAUCUGGAAACACUUUUCCCAGGCAAUCUGCUAAGAAGCUGCAGGAUACAUCACCACUCUCCAGGAGAAAAUCCUAUGAGAAAGUACAGAUCUCAACUGACAAAUCCAGGUCUGAAUGGAGGUCUUCUGAAAUUAAUAUAACUCCUCCUUCGUCCCCACCUACUCGAGCUCGUAACGAUAGGAAUGUGUUCUCCCGACUCAGCAAUACUCAGCUUCAGACAUUCCCUGCACACGACAAGUCUGAUGACAGUGACUCCUCUCUCUCGGAGGUACCCAGGGGUGUCAUUAAUCCAGUUGGUGGUGCCAAGGGUGGCAGGACUGCCCCACUCCAAUGCAUUUCAGUUGCUGAAGGGCACUCUAAACCUGUGCUGUGUCUGGAUGCAACUGAUGACCUGCUAUUCACUGGCUCAAAAGAUCGGACCUGCAAAGUGUGGAAUCUGGCCACUGGACAGGAAAUCAGUACCCUAAAAGGGCAUCCAAACAAUGUGGUCUCUGUCAAGUACUGUAGUUACUCCAGCCUUGUGUUUACUGUCUCUACGUCGUACAUCAAAGUGUGGGAUAUCCGAGACACUCCCAAAUGCAUCAGGACACUAACUUCCUCUGGUCAGGUAAUUUCUGGUGAUGCUUGUGCCAGUACAGCCAGCCGCACUGUGAGCAUAGCACAAGGGGAGCACCAGAUAAAUCAGAUUGCACUGAAUCCCACUGGCACUCUCCUCUAUGCUGCAACUGGCAAUUCUGUUCGGAUCUGGGACCUUAAGAAAAUUCAGCCUGUUGGAAAACUGAUGGGUCACAUUGGUCCUGUAAUGUGCCUCACUGUGGAGAGUACAGCAACAAAACAUGAUUUGGUCAUCACUGGUUCCAAAGAUCAUUAUGUGAAGAAGUUUGAAAUUGCUGAAAGUACUCUGGGAAAUGUUAGUCCUACACAUAAUUUUGAGCCUCCGCACUAUGAUGGAAUUGAAUCCCUGGGAAUCCAUGGUGAUAUUCUAUUCAGUGGAUCAAGAGACAAUGGAAUUAAAAAAUGGGACUUGGAAGGACAAGAACUCAUACAGCAAAUUCCUAAUGCUCACAAGGAUUGGGUAUGUGCUCUGGCAUUUGUACCUGGCCGUGAUCUGUUGCUGAGUGGUUGCCGAGGGGGAAUGCUUAAAGUUUGGAACAUAGACAACUUUACACCACUGGGAGAGAUCAGAGGCCAUGACAGUCCCAUUAAUGCCAUCUGCACAAAUUCCAGCAGGAUUUUCACUGCUUCCAGUGACUGCAGAGUAAAAACAUGGAAUGCUAAAGGAUUAACAAAUGGGUACAUGCUGGACACUAGAGACAGCAGUCAGGAAUUAUCUUACAGCAUCUAACUGUGUAUUUAAUGCAACGAACUAUUCUUUACGGAGGAUAAUGAGUGUAUGAACCGGAAACAAGGAUUUCUAAGCUGAAGAAGAAAACCAUUAUAGCUUUUUCCCAUUGGAAAUUGUUGUGCAGCGAGAAAGGACUGCAAGCAAUAAUUUUGCAAGUAUUGUACUACAAAUAUGAUUCUCAACAGCACUAACAAUGAAAUCGUCAUAGCAACAAAACAUCCUGAGCCACACUGGAGCUUUAUAAAUCUGACAAAGACAUGACGCCUUCUCUGUACAUUUAAAACAAAAUUAUUAUUCUUUCCCUGCAGCUUUAUCAUUAUUCCACAUAUUAUUAAUAAUUCCACGCAUUCCUCCUUUGAUCUUGUGUACCAGAUUCACAUAUCUUCAUUUCGGCACAGCGUUGUAAUGGGAAGGAAAUUACUUCCACCUUAGAAGAAUGGAUAUAUUACACCGAGCUUUGGAUGUGAAAGCCUAACAGGCUAAUCAACAGGACCAUCAUGCCGUAAAAAAACAAUGUUGCUCUUGACUGUUUCCGCUAUCAAUGGUUCAGUGAAUCUUUCAGAGGGGAAAAAGUUCAAAGGUUGCACAAUAAUGUAGUCUUAGUGUGCUCCUGCUGAUCAGAUAUUGUAAUUCACACUGUGAGCCCAUGCAUGCAUAAAUAUUGAAUCUAAAUAUUCAUAUGGCCAGUCUGCUACCACUGCCAUUAUUACUCGCAUGCCGCCUGAAAAAUCAGGACUUCAUAAUGGUUGUUCUUAUCCAUAUUAAUAGAUAAUCAACCAAAACAAUACAUUUCCAUUAACCUUACUUCAAUAAGAAACAUUUCUUCACUGCAAUGUGAAAGAGAAAAAGUCAAGUGUAAGUUAUUAAUUUGUUUCUGCUACACCAUGCAUCCUAUCAUAACAUUUCAGAGAUUGGCGUUACAUCAGAACAGUGGCAUGGAUGAAAAAGUAAUCCUUCAUUUAUGGUGUUUUAUCAUCGUAACUGAUAAACUAGUCUUCACCAGUACUUACACUGUUACACACACAUUAGAUACACACACAAAUUCAGAAUCUCGACACAGAUGAAUCUGGGACUAAUUGGAUGCCUUCAGUCACCAAUGCCUUUGGAAGAUUGAGCUAAACUGAUGGAAUAGUGUUUCCAGGUUUGUAUAAAAGUAUAUCAGAGCACUUUACAACAAUUGUCUUCAUCCUCAGUAAAAAUAUUGUGAUUCUGAGUAUUCACAUAAAUGUUUAGUUUGAGGGAAGGCUUUAACUACUAUUGAAGACUUCAUUUCUGAAUUUAACUGUAAUAUUUUAGCACAUCUUCAAGUCCUAAAACUUUGGGCGUAGUGUGAUUUACAUUAUCCAAACCUUGCUGAUUUGGAUAAUGUAAAUUAUAAUCUCAGCAGUUAUUGCAGUUAGUGACUUAAAUUUUCUAAUCAUCCAUAUCACAUAUUUUCAGUAUCUAUAUUAAUAUGUUUCUUCCCCUACGAUGUACAUGGUGACUACUAACUAAGUGGAAUUGAGUAUGCAAGUGGAGCUCAUUUCUAUUUUAGAGACCUCUGGAAUUUAUUAUUCCCUGAAACUAACCCCAAAACCAGUUAACUCUGUGCUAAAGUCAGUGAUGGCACAUGUUUAAUAAUUGGCAAUUUUUUUCAGGGUCUGUUCACUUGGUAUUUUGCAAGUCAAUAUUUUGGGUACAAUGAGCAAAACAUGAGGUAAUGGUCAGUCAUCUAAACCAGCUGUAUGGCAAAUGUUGAAGUGUAUUUGUGUAAAUAAUGUGUUUCCUUGAAUAGGCUACCAAUGCUUUAUCCAGAACAAAGCAUGUUUUGUAAUUAGAUGGAUACAGGUUUUAUUCACUGAGCAAAAAGAUCUAUUUUUCCCCCUCUCAAUUAUACAGAACCAAGUUGCUGGUGUCAUUGUGGCUUUUUUAUACAUUUCAAAUGGUAUCUCAUUUUGAUCAGAAGAAUGUCCCAUGGUGAAUAGAAUUCUGGAUUGAACCUUUGUUGAUUUACAUAAAUAAAUUGCUCCAAUAUGUAAAAACCAGAACAUUUUAGUUUAACAGAAAAGCUGAUAGAAAUUCAUCCAUGUUCAGAAAUCAUAACCACAUAAUGGUUUGUUGUUGUAUCUCACUUUCAAAAUUCAGUUCCACUGAAGUCAUUGGAAUUCAACUUUGCAAGCAAGGGGAUCAAAUGGCCUUGCAGUAAUAAUUCUGCACAUUUAGUGCAUCCAACCAAGGAAAAUUUGCAAGCCUAAAAUUUUAAUCUCUUAUUUUUAAGAAAAGCAAUCAAGCCAUUUCCCUGGCCCAGACUAUAACGAUGUGUGAGAGAAAGCUUCUUCCUUGCAGCUCUAAAGUUGCACUUCUGUUUACAAUUUUAAUAUUCUGGAACACAUGGUGAUAUAAUUUGACUGCAGUACUGUGCCAUAAACAAAAUACUUGAGCCAUCUAAAGGAGUUGGCUAUUUAAAUUCUGACUUGAAUAUUUGUUGUCUGUCAUUUAGUAAAUUGUACAGUAGUUUUUGAAUUACUGAUAAAUAAAAAUGUAGCCUUUGAUUACAGUGAUGGUUGGAAAAAUUGGAAACUUGAUGUUCUACUGUAGCACAACUGAGUUUAUGUUCAAUAAACUGAAAGGAAAACUAGGACUGAUUAAAGGUGUAGGAAGUGCCCCACAGAUCAGUAUCUUGCUGCCUUGAUACAUGGGUUAGUAUCAGUACAAUUCCUCUUUGAAUUCUUCUGGUGCUCUUUAACUUAGAAAGCUCUAAUAUGUGCGGUUAUGUAUUACACUACUUGAAUUGACAUCAAGCCUAUGACAACUCAGUGCUAUUUUGAGAGAAGGGAUUAAAUAAAUAGAUUUAGAUGUCAGUAUUAGGCAAAUUAAUGUUGUGAAUGUAGCUGUUGUACUUUGGAUAUUUGUUGUAUUCUUGUCUUGACAGUAUUUUUCAGGUUUAAAUUAUGAUCAGCUGUUACUGCUAAAACUCACUGAAUCUUGGUUGACAGUUUUGUAAAGUUAUUUUUUGUUUAGGUUGCUGAGAAAAUAGUUUGCUAUCUCAUUUGAACUCUUAUCUCCUAUAGAAUUCCUACUGGUGAAUUUUGUAAAAAUAUUUGACAUUGGAUGAACCUUUGUGCUUAAGGUGUGAGAAAAUAAUUGAACUGUUUUAAUGUAUAGGACAUGUACAGGAUAUGAUUCUUGUUACUUAGAAUAGCAUGUAUGUGAAUGUUUUGGUAAAGUCAUCACUUUAUCAACAUACUUUACGGCCCCCGAAACUCUAAUUUCUAUGGGAAAUGCAGUUUGCCUCUUCAACAUUCAUCAAACCUUAAUAUUCAGCAUUACCUGUUGCAUUUUGCUAAGUUAUUUUCUGAAAUUUCCAUGCAGACUAGUGGAAAUGUCUAUUUUAAAAAUGAGAAAAAUUCCCAUGGAACAGAAUGAGAGGCAGAAGGCCUGUCAGUUUUAACAAGGUUAAUUACAUUUUCAAAAGUAGUGAGAGAUGUUCAGCACAUUAUUAGAAACAGUGUUAAUCAUAAUGUUAUAGUGAAGCUAAAAAGUGCCUUUGUAAGUUUACUGUUUCGCCUGUACAUUUCUGUAAAAGAAAACUUCUGUAUACCACAAGACCUUUUAGAAAUGCAAGAUGUAUAAACUGUACCUAAUGUAAAAAGAUUUAAGAUGUUACAUAAUUGUUAAAUGUAAAUAUUGUUCAACUGAAAUAAAAGUG